GGGGCAAGUACUGCAGCCUCUACACCGGUACGGGGACGGGGUGUCCCCCCAGGGAGGCCGGGGGGGUCUCCAUCUGUCUGGCAGAGACACCCCAGGUGUCCUCACCCUCCUCCUCCUCCCAGAGUGGUCGCAGCGGGACCUGGCACGGGCCGAGAACGUCAAGUUCUGCCGCCAGUACCUGAUCUUCCACGAUGGCACCUCCGUCGUCUACUCGGGGCCUGCCGGCACCUGCUCUGAGAUCAAGGACGAGCUGCUGAGCCAGGAGUCCCCCAGCAGGGCGCUGAAGGCUGUCCUGCGCAAGGUGCCCAGCAAGGAGAAGGAGGAGGAGAAGCAGUUUCUGGAGGUCGGUGUUGGUGCAGCUGAGGCUGCAGUGUGUCACAGCAGAGGGUGCCCCUGCCCAUCCACCCCAGGCAUAGCCACCAGCGCAGGGCAGCUGGAGAGCUGGCACCAGGCAGGCUCCUCGCUCCCGGCUGCUCCCGCAUGCCUUGGCAUCCAGCCUGGCUGACGAGCAGCAGGCGCCGGCGGCCAACGCGGCAGCCAUGGCCUCCGGAACCGAGCGGGGCACAGAGGUGGCCGGUGGCCCCGCUGCCUGCUACCAGGAGCUGAGCCGGUUCCCCACUGUCACCCGCGCCGCCCUCGGGGCCACCACGGGGGCACAGACCUUCCUGCUCUACACCGAGUGCAGCCGCCCCGACCUGCCCCGACGCCGGCUCCUGCGCUUCAGCCGCCACUACAGCCUGCAGCGCACGGGCAGCGCCCGCCUCGCCGCCCGCCGGGCAGCGCUCAGCGCCGAGAUCCACCACCAGCUCCUCAGCCAGGACUCACCCACCGGGCAGCACCGUGCCGUGCUCAGCCGCUGCCCACGGCAGGGCCAUGAGCUGCUGGAGGUGUGGGGCAGCGGUGGGCGCAGCCACAGUGUGGACCUCACGGCGCUGGGGAAGCAUGGGGAGGUCUACACGGAGGGGCCCUUCUCCUGCUUGGCUUGGUCCCGCUCGGAGACGCGGCUGCUGUACGUGGCUGAGAAGAGCCGGCCCAAACCACGGUCCCCCUGCCCCUGGGAUGUGCCAGGAGCAGGCAGGCUGGCAGAGGAGGAUGAGGAUGAGGAGGGCGAGCAGUUCGUGUACCGGGAGGACUGGGGGGAGGCACUGAGCACCCGCAGCGUGCCUGUCCUCUGCGUCCUGGACCUGGAGGGCAGCAGCCUCUUGGUGCUGGAGGGCAUCCCGGGGCACCUCUCUCCCGGCCAGGCCCUGUGGUCCCCGGAUGACCGCGGCGUGGUGUUCGUGGGCUGGUGGCACGAGCCCUUCCGCCUGGGGCUGAGAGCUUGCUCCAACAGGAGGUCAGGGAUUUUCCACUUGGACCUGGCCAGCGGGCGCUGCGAGCUGCUGUCGGCUGAGCACAGCGCCGCCUGCUCCCCACGGCUCAGCCCCGACGGCCGGCGCCUGCUCUACCUGGAGGGGGAUGUGGGGGGGCCCCACCGGCAGUGCCUGCGCCUCUGCAUGCUCACCUGGCAGACAAGGCAGACGGUGACGGUGCUCGAUGUGGUGCAAGAGCCCACAGAGGCCUUCGCUGGGCUCUACGCAGAGGUGCUGCCACCCCGGUGCUGGGCGGCUGACAGCCGGCGAGCCGUGGUGGGCACCCCGCAGCGGAGCCGCAUGGACCUGCUGCUCGUGGACACGGAGACGGCCACCGUCACCAACCUGACGGCAGGGUCGCCCGAAGGGUGCUGGGAGCUGCUCACCCUCCAGUGGGACCUGCUGGUGGCCACAUGCUCGGCCCCAAAUCGCCCCCCGAGCCUGGUGGUGGCCGUGUUGCCACCGGCAGGUCAGGAGCUGCCCCUCUGCUGGGUGCCUGUGGAGGACACCCCAACGGUGCCUGGUGUCACCUGGAAGACCCUGACGAUCCAGCCACCCUGCGGUGGGCAGACCCCAGCCACGCAUGGCACCCAGGCUUUCCAGGCCCUGCUGCUGAGCCCACCGGAUGGCACCGCACCACACCCCCUGGUCGUGUGCCCCCACGGUGGCCCCCAUGCUGUCUUCGACGCCCGCUGGCGCCCAAGCAUGGCUGCGCUGUGCCAGCUGGGCUUUGCCGUGCUCUUGGUGAACUACCGCGGCUCCCUGGGCUUCGGCCAGGCCAGCAUCAGGUCCCUGCUCUCCCGGGUGGGUGAGCAGGAUGUGGCGGACACCCAGGUGAGGGGCACUGGGCUGGGUGCUGAUGGUGGGGUCUGCUGGGAGGACACUGAUGGUGGGAGGAUGCUGACAUUUGGCUGCUGGCAUUUGGGUGCCCCACGGGUGCAGCUGGCGGUGGAGCAGGCGCUGUGCAGCGAGCCCCUGGACCCGCACCGCCUGGCCCUGCUGGCUGGCUCCCACGGAGCCUUCAUCGCCCUCCACCUCCUCGCCCGUGAGCCCCAGCGCUACCGAGCCUGUGCCCUGCGCAGCCCCGUCUCCAACCUGCCCGCCCUGCUGGGCACCUCUGACAUCCCGGACUGGCGCUACGUCUCCCUGGGGCUGCCCUACUCCUUCGAGCGGGUGCCCCGCGCCGAGGAGGUGGCCACCAUGCUGCUGCGCUCGCCCAUCGCCCAGGCAGCCCGGAUGCAGACACCGGUGCUGCUGUGCGUGGGUGCCCGGGACCGGCGCGUCAGCCCCACGCAGGCGCUGGAGCUUUACCGGGUGCUGCGGGCCAGGGGGGUGCCGGCACGGCUGCUGUGGUACCCGGAGGGUGGCCACGCGCUGGCCGGCGUGGAGACAGAGGCUGACGUCUUUGGGAACUGUGCACGGUGGUUCCUCCAGCACCUGGGGCAACCUCGGCGGGACAGGACGGGCCAGCACAGCCCCUAGGACCGCGGUGGCCCCGUGGCUGUGCCAGCCUCAGGGUGACCGCUGGCCCUGGGGACCACAGCAGGACCAGAGGAGGAUGGAGCGAGCGUAGCCGGGGGCAGGAGGGGAUGUGGGUUGGGGUUUGGCGCGAAAUAAAUGUGUGAGACCUUGUGCAAUGCCAA